GAACUACUUCCGUUAAAAAAAAACCAAUCAAAUCUUUGUGAAAACCAAACAAAAACCACACCUCAGAUUGUAAGAAAGUAACAGACUUAACGUAAAUAAGUGCACACGAGUCAGACAAACUCCUUCAGAACUGCUUUUGUAAUUGUUUAUGAGCAUCACCAUGCGUCAAAAAGAUCUGCGCCCAGCCCCCGCUCUAAUUGAGUACAAGGGCAUGAAGUUCCUAAUCACCGAUCGACCAUCAGACAUAACAAUUAACCAUUACAUUACGGAGCUGAAAAAGAACAAUGUCAACACUGUGGUGCGCGUAUGCGAGCCGAGUUAUAAUACCGACGAGCUCGAGACACAAGGCAUUACCGUCAAGGACCUGGCCUUUGAGGACGGCACCUUCCCGCCUCAACAAGUCGUUGACGAGUGGUUUGAGGUCUUAAAGGAUAAAUAUCAACAAAAUCCCGAGGCUUGCGUCGCCGUUCAUUGUGUAGCUGGUCUGGGACGGGCUCCUGUUCUGGUUGCCUUGGCACUGAUUGAAUUGGGCUUAAAAUACGAGGCAGCUGUGGAAAUGAUUAGAGAUAAACGACGUGGGGCCAUCAAUGCCAAGCAGCUAUCCUUUUUGGAGAAAUACAAGCCAAAGGCGCGACUAAAGCACAAAAAUGGCCAUAAGAAUUCAUGUUGUGUGCAAUAGAUUUCCAAAACCAUAUGUAUAUUCCCACCAGAUAAAAAGUGUUCAUUUUUUCAAAAACAAAAAAAAAACAGCAAGCGGAAUAGAAAAGCAAGUAAAGAAAUAAAAAUUGAUAGGCAACAAACACGAGAAAAGGAAAUAACCAAGUACCACAGUGAACGCAAAUUUGUAGACGGAAAAUAUGAACCACAGCCCCAGUAAUUAUUAAACCUCAAAUCUCAAGUUGAAAUGUAUUGGCAACAAUUGUGUAAUUUGUAUGUAUUAAUUAAUGUAAUUUAUAUUGUUAUUUUACGAUUCGAUUCAGCCACCCCAUACCAAGCUAAAAAAGAGUUUAAUUUUACACCCACAGCUUAUAUAAACAGACACGCAUAUAUUAAUUACGAGCAGCCCGUAUACCCCAUUAAAUGGUUGUAGAAGGCUCGUUAAAGUAGUAAAACCAUGUUGUUCUGGAUUAAACUGUUCUGGAAUAAACAAAAUAAUUAAAUGUAAAAUCUGCAAACGAAGGAAAUAUUACAAAACUCUAUAAAGAGCAAGCUAGAGGAAAAGUGUAUGAUGAAACAAAAAAUAUCUACUUAACAGUCAUAUUCUAAAAACGGGAAAAUGUACUUAAUCGCAUAUUAGUUUGGAGCUUAGCCCCCUUAAAAUCUGCUUUAUUUAUAUUUUACUGUUCAUUUUCCCUUUAACUGUGGGCACAUUUUAGCACUUAGCGAAGCAAGGCAUGUUUCUAAAUAGAUAUUUGAGUUUUAACUUUUACUGCAAACAAAAAACAUUUAUUUAUAUUACAGUCUGCUUAUUAAAUGCUAAAUACGAUGCUUAUUUGAGAACUACAAUACCAAUCAGCCUCGCACAUAUAUGCAUAAAUUCUUAUGCAUGUGUGUGUGACUCAAAUAUAUAUAUCUAUAUAUAUAUAAUUAAAUAUAUAUAUGUAGUAUAAGACUACAAAGUUUUACAUUAAUGACUACAUACAUUUAAACUCAAAAAUUGCAUGCAGUAAUCAAGCAAAUAAAAAGAAUACUUCAAACCAGCAACAGCAACAGCAACAAAAAGUAAAAAGAAAAAUUGAGAAAAUGAACAUGAAAAAAAAAUUAAACCUUAUUGUAAACAACAAAUUAACAAAUUAUUGUGUCUGAGAGGAGGCGAUGAAAAAGCACGAAGAAAAAACACAAGCCGAAAAUAAAAACAAAUAUAAUGCUUAAAAAAUAA